UAGUUACUAAACUCAAAUCCUAGUUGCAGUCAUUCGGUGCUGCCAUGGCGUCACUAUAGGACAGCCAUAUUGAAAUCAAAUUCCCGGAGCGAUGGAUGCUCCUGAAUCACCAUCCGGUGGCACCAGAGCUGCGGAGGUAGAUACUGAGAUCGAAGACAAUGGAAUGGCAAAUGCAAGUGAGCAUUUGGACCAGUUUGCAGGCGAUGAGAUUGAUGAAGAGCUCGACCCACCAGCCGAUCACAGGAAUUCCCUGUCGCCAAGAGACACGCCGUCCAGUGUCGCGGAUUACUCAGUACCUGUCAAGAACAAAGAGGUGUGGAAGCAAUUUGGCUGCGAAACUGAGGCUGGCCGAAUGCUCCGCAAGCUUUACAAGGGUGUGGGCCCGAAAGAAGCAGCCUCGAAAGUGACAUAUCCGCAGCUUCCUUCUCCAUCCAAGCGCUGGGAGCCAGCUCCGCGAGCAAAACCUGCUCCCAAGGCGUUUGUGCGGGUGCCACGGUCAGCAAUUCCCAGGCGCGAUAUGGAUGAUCCUAGUCAAUGGCCUGCACCGCCCAUACCUUGCAGGAGGCCUGCGAAGGAGAUCCUUGCAGAGCUCGAGGCAGAGCAAGCCCGGCGGCUACGUACAGUCCCUGACCUGCCAAAGGGUAGAAACCAGGACCUCGAGAAGCAAGGCCUUCAGGAACGGUUCCGCUAUUGUGGUGCCAAGAUGCUGCCUAAAGGGAGCAUGGGCUACGUUGAGCCUGGCGAGCUUCCAAGUGGAGAGGAAGAGGGAGGCCGAAGAAGAGAAGACAGGAAGCGGUUUGACGAGAAUGGUUUCAAUGCAGAGCAGCGAGAGAUGUUUGAAGAUCUUGUCGUCGGAGUGCAGCGCAAGCAAGCGCGCAUUGCUCAGAUUGACGAGGAGGGUAUUGACCAAAGACCCAGCAAAGCAAGAACAGCCCUGAACAAGGAGGCGCUGGAGCUUCGGAAUGCCAUUGAACGCGAUUUGAAGGAUAUGCAACAACUCAUGACGAUCGGCGAAGGGCAGCUUGUGUCAUCUUAGUGCCGGAGACAGCUACGGUUCGUGUUGAACAAGGAUAAAGACCCCAAGACAUGUCAAGUUUGGUCUGAAAUCCUACUGAACCUACAGGCACAAAGGCAUCAGGCAUGGGUCACAUGAUCAGUGAACCUGCACCGUCUCACCCAAUUCAAGUGCCAUCCAGAGUGGCCCGUGUUCAUUGGCUGUACAGCCUGCGUACCCGUGAAUCUGCGGGUUACAUUAAGAUUUGGUGCGGGCUGAUUGGAAGGUACUAAAAAGCACAAACCGCAAACAUAUUUGCUGGAUGGCCAGCACCGGACAUGUGGUGUGUUGGAACGUGUUUUAACUGAGUCAUUUAAGGCAAAGGCACUUGCAGCUGCGCAGGCUGCACCAGAGCUGCAUAAUUGCAUGCCAAGCUUUACCAUUUUCGAGCAUCCUUGGUCAGCUGUUGCUUAUCACGGGGCCAAUCUUGGCCAGGCACCUGGAGUUGGAUUGGGUGCGCCCGCCUACCCACCAGUGCCAAGCCCGACCCUUGCACCACCAGACGUUGUCAAGGAGCAGAUUGAUUUGCUGAAACGGAUGUUGCAGGUGAAAGGGUACACCUUAUCAUCCGGCUUGGUUCUUUUUGACCAGACUGGUGGUGGGACAUUGGAUCGUCCCGGGUUCAUGAGGUUUCUUGACUGGGCGCAGGCAAGUAUCCCAGUCGUGGAUCAAGAUGCAAUUUUUCAGCGGUUUUAUGCUGGUCCUGGCCUUUUGAACUACCGCGAGCUAAUCAGCCUGCAUGAGCCUGCACCUGUGCCAACAGGUGCGCCAAUACCACCUAGCAUGCCUUUUGCAGGUGCACCGCCGAUGCUUCCCGCAGCUCCUGCGGUGCCCUUGCUCUUGCCACCAGCCCCUAGCAUAUCCACAACUCCAGCCAUCCCUGCAGCACCAGCACCAUUGCCACUGCCUCAGGCACCUGCCACAACACCAAGCUUGCCGGCUGCACCCUUGCCGCCUGCGGCUCCAGUUCAUUCAACGCCACUUCCAGCUCCACCAAUUAGAAAUGCACCAGGUCCCCCUGCACCAUCGCCCACCGUAGGCCUCACACCAGCUCCUCCAGCUCCCACAGGGCCCACAGUGCUAGGUAGACCUGGUUUGCCAGCAGCACCUAUGCCCCCC